UCUCUGAAGGUCUUUGAAGCAAAUCGCGUAACAAAAAUUCAAACUCUUUGCAGUAAAGUCGAAUGGCGACAUGUUAGAACCAAAGACAAUCCGGCAGAUUGUUUAUCUAGAGGUCAACUUCCUUCUGAAUUCUUAAAUAACAAAAUGUGGUUAGAAGGUCCCACGUGGCUCUCACAGGACUCUCUUAAUUGGCCUAACUUAAAGCCUGCUGUUCCUUCCGAACUUCCAGUUAUUGCACGUCACCUACGUAAUGAAGGUGAACGUCUGGCAUCUUCAUUGGAUAGAUAUGUGACAAUAAUUUGGGAUGAAGCUGCAACAGCACCGCAUUUGGAUUACGAUCAUUCAAAAGAUAAAAUUUUUGGAUUCGAAGAUUUUGGAUACAAGAGGACAAUUAAAUUUGCCGAUCAUGUCAUUGUGGUUGCUGCUCAUUCGGCAAAUCGUGAUGAUUGGUUUGUCCCUAUCUAUCAUGGGUUUUGUGAAGGUCAAACUAAUCCACCCGAAUUAAUUAGGAUUAUCAAAUUAGUAUUCGAUAAAGUAAUUGAUUGUGGACUAGUUCCCGUGGCGACGGUUUGUGACCAGGGAACCAAUAAUGUUAAGGCUGUAAAAGAUUUAAUUUUACAGUCUAACAGAUUAAGGUUACAACAAAAACAAAAUCCAGAUAAUACUAUUCUAUGGCGUGGUUUGGAAAUUGUUCCGUUGUUCGAUAGUCCUCAUCUGACAAAGGGUUCUCGAAACAAUUUACUGACCAAAAAACUGGAGUACGUGCACAACGCUAAGGCGCAGCGUGAAUUUUUGAAGUGAAACUUCUUUGCGCGCGUUGAGGGUAAAAUUUCAAGGUCGCGUCACAAUAAUAAUAAUAUGAGCGUCACAAUAAUCAUAAUAUGAGCGUCACAUUAAAGGACGCAUAUAUGUACGUAGUCGGAGAGAAAAAGAUAAAGAUAUAAAGGAAAACUAUACUUUUACACUAUAGAAAUGUUAUUUUCAUAUGCGCAUGCGUUGUAUUUUAGACUGUAGGUACACUGCUCUUAAAUAUUAUUAUUAUUAUGUAUUUUAUAACCUCGUGUUUGUUUAUACUGUUUUAUUCAUUCAGAUAUUUUU